CCCGCCGUCGACUGCACCAACGUCGACAACCCGCGUCGAUUCGCAUCGUCCACCACUGCCCAACACCGUUGAUAGGGGUGCGCUGGUCGCUGCAUAAGUUCUUGACUGGGGAUAGAGCACAUUCCUCUCGCUCUCUUGCUCCGACACCUUAUCAGUCCCUUGGCCAUUUCGUCCCUCAGUUUAGUCAUCGUUCAUUGCUCAUUCUCGACAUGGCCAACGGCAUAAAUGACAUAGCAGGCUGGGUGGAAGAUUUCCACGCACAGAGGAGUCGCAACCCGGGGUAUUUCCAGCCCUCGAGCGAGAUGCCGAGUUAUUAUGCUCCCAGGAUCAUGUCAGAAAGCAGCCACAUGCCGAUGUCCAGCGGUAGCACACAGUACUCAUCGGCGUCCAGCGCUGGCACGCAGUGCUCAUCAAUGUUUGACGACGUGUAUACUCACUCUUCCAUGUCCACCAGCCCUCCCGAUGACGCCCCUCCACAUCAUUACCAGCAUCAGCCGGUUCUGGGUCCCGGUCCGUCGAGACUCCUCUGCGAGUGGGUUGAAUAUGGCCAUUGCGGGGCGACGUUCAAUGUAAACGACGAAGAGGGUUGGAUUUCGCAUAUUAUACAGUCCCACUUGGGCAACAACUUCCCUGCGCAGUGCGUGUGUUGGUUCUGCGACGGAGAGUUCAUUGCGCAAUCCAACUCAGCCGCCGACUGUUGGGCAUCUUAUCAGGCGCGGAUGUACCACAUCGCAGACCAUUUCCGGACUCAAGGCCUCAGGGCUAAUCAAAUGCGUCCCGACCACUUCUUCCUAGACCAUAUCCAUCGCCACGGACUCAUUCGCGAUGAAGAAUACCGUUACGCAAUAAAUUCGCAUGAAUUGGAACAAAUUCCUGGUCUUCAUGAGGCAGGCUGGCGACCUACAAGGAAUGAUCCGAGCAAUCGGGUGGUCGAGACCAACCGACGCCAUCGCAGGCGUGGGCAUAGGUCAUCCAGGCAUUCCUAACAGGAGAGUCAUAGGUGAUGCGCAAGCUUUGCCUCUGGUCUCCCCUCUGUUUCGGCGUUUAUACUUGUCGGUGUUGUCGAAUG